AUGCCUACCGAGCCCGAGACCGCGCAGGCUCCGGCCGGUGCUCCCAGGAGCACCUUUGUCGACACCUUCGAGAGCCAGCCCGGCACUCCAGGUGAGAGAACUGGCCACCUUUUCCCCACCAUCCAGCGCAUCCGAAGCAGCAUGACAGGUGAGGCUACUGGUCCAUUGAAGAAGCUCAUGGUUGCCAAUCGCGGUGAAAUCGCCAUCCGAAUCUUCCGUACCGCCCACGAGCUUGCCAUGACCACUGUCGCGCUCUACUCGUUCGAGGACAGGAUGAGCGCCCAUCGAUACAAGGCCGACGAGGCCUAUCAGGUCGGUGCAGGUCUCAACCCCGUCUCAGCCUACUUGGCCAUCGACGACAUUGUCCGCAUUGCUCUCGAGCACAAAGUUGAUAUGAUCCAUCCCGGUUACGGUUUCUUGUCCGAGAACCCUCACUUUGCCAAGAAGGUCGAGGAGGCCGGCAUUGCUUUCAUCGGGCCCCGCCCCGAGACCAUCGAUGGUUUGGGUGACAAGACCAAAGCCCGUGACCUUGCCCGCAAGGCCAACGUGCCCAUUGUGCCCGGUACACCCGGUCCCAUUGCCAGCUACGAGGAGGCCAAGCCAUUCGUCGAGGAAGUUGGCUUCCCGGUCAUCAUCAAAGCAGCUAUGGGUGGUGGUGGACGAGGAAUGCGAGUCGUCCGUAAGAUGGAGGAAUUUAAGGAGUCCUUUGAACGUGCUGUUUCCGAGGCCAAGUCGGCCUUCGGUGACCCCACUGUCUUUAUCGAGCGUUUCCUCGACCGACCUCGCCACAUUGAAGUGCAGCUGCUUGCCGACGGUGAGGGCAACGUCGUCCACCUCUUCGAACGUGACUGCUCCGUACAGCGUCGUCACCAGAAGGUCGUCGAAGUGGCACCUGCCCCCAACCUCCGCGACGACGUGCGCCAGGCCAUCCUCAGCGAUGCUGUUCGUCUCGCCAAGACGGCCGGCUACCGAAAUGCUGGCACUGCCGAGUUCCUGGUCGACCAGCAGAACCGAUACUACUUUAUCGAGAUCAACCCCCGUCUGCAGGUCGAACACACUAUCACCGAGGAGAUCACCGGUAUCGACAUUGUCGGUGCUCAGAUCCAGAUCGCUGCGGGUGCUACCUUGGCCGACCUUGGACUCAGCCAGGAGACCAUCCAGAAGCGUGGCUCCGCCAUCCAGUGUCGUAUCACUACCGAAGAUCCCGCUGCCAACUUCCAGCCCGACACGGGUAGGAUCGAGGUCUACCGUUCUGCCGGAGGUAACGGUGUGCGUCUCGACGCCGGCUCCGGCUUUGCCGGUGCUCAGAUCACGCCACACUACGAUUCCUUGCUCGUCAAGGUCUCGUGCCGUGGCGCGACCUACGAGGUGGCACGAAGAAAGAUGCUGCGAUCCUUGGUCGAGUUCCGUAUCCGCGGUGUCAAGACUAACAUCCCCUUCUUGUUCCGUCUCUUGACCCACGAGGCCUUUGCUACCGCCAGCACUUGGACCACCAUGAUUGACGACACACCUGAGCUCUUCAACCUGGUUCAAACCAAGAACCGAGCCCAGAAGCUGCUAGCCUACCUCGGCGACGUCGCAGUCAAUGGCAGUUCCAUCGCCGGUCAGGUCGGCGAGCCUGGUCUCAAGGAGGAGAUUCAGAUUCCCAGCUUCACCGACCCCAAGGACCCGUCCAAGCCUCUCGACACCACCAAGCCGUGCACCGAGGGUUGGAGGAACAUCAUUAUCAACGAGGGACCCGAGGCCUUUGCCAAGGCUGUUCGAGCCUACAAGGGAACGCUCAUCAUGGACACCACAUGGCGUGACGCCCACCAGAGUCUGUUUGCUACUCGUCUGCGAACCAUUGACAUGGUCAACAUUGCCAAGGAGACCAGCUACGUACUCAAGAACGCCUUCUCGCUCGAGUGCUGGGGCGGUGCCACCUUCGACGUUUCUAUGCGCUUCCUCUACGAGGACCCUUGGGAGCGUCUGCGCAAGAUCCGAAAGCUCGUGCCCAACAUUCCCCUGCAGGCGCUCGUCCGUGGUGCCAACGCCGUAGGCUACACUGCUUAUCCCGACAACGCCAUCUACGAGUUCAGCAAGAAGGCCGUUGAAUGUGGUCUCGACAUCUUCCGUGUCUUUGACUCGCUCAACUCGCUCGAUUCGCUCAAGCUUGGUAUCGACGCCGCAAAGAAGGCCGGUGGUGUCGCUGAAGGUACCAUUUGCUACACUGGUGACGUUGCCAAUCCUAGCAAGCACCCCAAGUACACGCUCGAGUACUACCUCAACCUCACGGACGAACUCGUCAAGACCGGAAUCCACAUCCUCGGUAUCAAGGACAUGGCUGGUCUGCUCAAGCCAACUGCCGCCAAGAUACUCGUUGGCGCCAUCAGGAAGAAGUACCCCGACCUGCCAAUCCACGUCCACUCGCACGACACGGCCGGUAUCGCCCUUUCGAGCAUGCUCGCCUGUGCGGAGGCCGGUGCAGACGUGGUCGACGUUGCCAUCGACAGCAUGAGUGGUCUCACUUCGCAACCAUCGAUGGGUGCGCUCGUCAGUGCUCUCGAGCAGACCGGUCUCGGUGCGGGCAUUCGCCACGAGGACAUCCAGAACCUCAACCUGUAUUGGAGCCAGGUGCGUCAGCUCUACCAGUGCUUCGAGGCCAAUGUCAAGGCUUCGGACUCGUCGGUGUUCGACCACGAGAUGCCUGGUGGUCAGUAUACCAACCUCAUGUUCCAGUCGCAGCAGCUCGGCCUUGGUACCCAGUGGAAGGAGAUCAAGAACGCCUACAUCCAGGCCAACAAGCUUUGCGGUGACAUUGUCAAGGUGACGCCCUCUUCCAAGGUGGUGGGUGAUUUUGCUCAGUUUAUGGUCGCCAACAAGCUCACGGCCAAGGAUGUCGAGGAACGCGCCGACAAGCUCGACUUCCCCAGCUCGGUCAUCGAGUACUUCCAGGGCUACCUGGGCACACCGCCUGGCGGCUUCCCCGAGCCUCUGCGAAGCAAGGUGAUCCGCGACAAGAAGCGCAUCGAUGGCCGACCGGGUGCCAGCAUGGAGCCCAUUGACUUUGCCCAAGUCAAGAAGGAUCUUACUGCCAAGUAUGGCCGUUCGAUGAGCGCCACCGACGCCAUCAGCUACAUCAUGUACCCCAAGGUAUUUGAAGAGUUCCAGGGCUUCCUCGACCUGUACGGAGACCUGAGCAACCUGCCUACACGCUACUUCCUUGGUAAGGCGCACCCGGGCGAGGAGUUGCACGCCUACAUCGACCGCGGCAAGCUGCUCAUUGUCAAGCUGCUCGCCGUGGGUGCACUCAACACCAACAACGGUACCCGAGAGGUGUUCUUCGAACUCAACGCCGAGCCUCGAGCCCUCACCAUCGAGGACCGAAGUGCUGCGGUCGAGACCGUCAAGCGUGAGAAGGCCUCUUCAGACCCUGGCAGCGUCGGCUCGCCUUUGGCCGGUGUCGUUGUGGAGAUCCGUGCCAAGGAGGGUCACUCGAUCAAGGCUGGCGACCCAUUGUUCAUCAUGAGUGCCAUGAAGAUGGAGACGGUCGUUUCGGCACCCGUCAGCGGUCACGUCAAGCGCGUCCUCGUUGAGCAGAACGACUCGGUGUCCCAGGGCGACUUGCUCUGCGAGAUCGAGCACUAG